CAUGCGUAGGGACGCCCGGUGAGGUGAGGAGGAAGGGAGGUUGUGGAGUCUCGCUCUGUCCUCAAACCCGCAGAUGCAGGAGGCGGCUUUAAAGCUGCUUCCCGUGGACCUGCGAGAUGAAGGCACUCAGAGAUGCCGGCUGGGACCGACUAUGCUGUCUUCGCUAGGAGCUCGGCUGGGCGUCCCGCUGAGGAUCUCGGUGCCCGGUGGGCGCUGGCUGUGCGCGGCCUGGCCGAGGGAGGACCGGGCCGAGGGACUGCUGCAGGCCGACACCAAGUGCCGGGAGGGGGGCGACGAGGAGGGAGGGAUAGGGGUGGUGGCGGGGACACGGCUGCAGCUCCUGCGCCCCCACCGGCUCGAGAAAGCGGCCGUGAGGGUCGUGGUGAAGAACGCUGAGCUGAAAAAAUCCACCCCCCGAGCGGUGCUGCAAGAGACGGUGAAGGAGUUGCUGAGGAAUGUUUAUGUGUCGCCUUGCUGCGUUGUUAGCGCAGCCCCAAAUGUGGAAAACCCCGUGGUGUAUGUUGAAAUGCUGUCCGCGGAGCUCUUGGAGGGUGAAGCCGGGCUGGUAACGCCCCAAACCAGCGUAAAAAUCAAGGAGGUGGUAACUUUAGAGUGGUACAAGCGAGUAUGGGGAAACAUGAAACCCUCAGUGGCAGGACUGGAUGAUGUGAGGAGGCGGUUGAAAGAAAUGAUUGAUCUGCCUUUCCGCUUCCCAAAAGCCUUUAAGAAGCUGGGGCUUUCCGUCCCCAAUGGGGUGCUGCUGAUAGGACCCCCGGGGGUGGGGAAAACGCUCCUGGUAAAGACGGUAGUGAAAGAAGUGGGCGCGUAUCUGGUUUGCAUCAGUGGUCCAACCCUGUAUGGCUCCAGACCAGGAGAAAGCGAAGAGAAUUUACGAAAAGCCUUUGAAAAGGGGAGAGAAAUGUCACAUGAAGGCCCAACCGUUCUCUUUAUUGAUGAAAUUGACUCUCUGUGCCCAAAGCGAGGAGGUUCCAACAAUGCUCCUGAAGACCGUGUUGUCGCGCAGUUGCUAACGCUGCUGGAUGGUGUAAAUGGUGAGGGCAAGAUGGUCAUCAUAGCAGCAACAAACCGGCCUGAUGCCUUAGACCCUGCGCUGAGAAGACCUGGCAGAUUUGACAGAGAGGUUGUUAUUGGGACACCAACACUUACACAAAGAAGAUCCAUCCUGCAGUUGCUCACAUCUAGUAUGCCGAUUUCCACAGAUGUAGAUUUGGUUAAACUGGCAGAAAUGACGACUGGGUAUGUUGGAGCUGACCUUACAGCACUCUGCAGAGAAGCUGCUAUGCAGGCUAUGUUCCACAGCUCUUUGGAUUCAUCUGAAAUGAUGAUUAGCAUGGCAGAUUUCCAAGAAGCUUUUAUAAAAAUUCAGCCAUCCUCUUAUCGAAGUGCAAUUGGUCUCACAGAGUGUAAACCCGUCCCUUGGGAGCAAAUCGGUGGUCUGGAAGAUGUGAAAUUUAAGUUAAAACAGAGUAUUGAGUGGCCUAUGAAAUUUCCUCAGGCAUUUGCUAGGAUGGGCCUGUCUCACCCAAAGGGUAUUCUUCUCUAUGGUCCAUCAGGGUGUGCCAAAACUACACUGGUGAAGGCUGUGGUCACAAGUUGUCACUGCUCCUUUAUCUCUGUAAGUGGUGCUGACCUUUUCUCACCUUACGUUGGAGAUUCAGAGAAGCUUUUGUCUCAGGUCUUUCGCCAAGCAAGAGCAAAUACUCCAGCAAUAAUAUUCCUAGAUGAGAUUGAUUCUAUCUUGGGAUCUCGGUCUCACAGCAGAACUGGCCAUGGUGUCUCAGAGCGGGUUCUUUCUGUUCUUCUCAAUGAGUUGGAUGGUAUUGGGCUGAAAGUCACAGAAAGAAGAGGAAGCAAACUACAGCUUGAGGGUCAAUGUCAGGAACAAACUGACGAAGAAAGAAAGCUAGAGUUUCAGGAAACUUUGAAUAAAGAUGUCAUGGUAGUUGCUGCAACAAAUAGACCGGAUAUGUUGGAUGAUGCUUUACUGCGUCCUGGAAGAUUAGACAAGAUGAUCUAUAUUCCACCUCCAGAUCUGAAGGGAAGGCUUUCCAUUUUGAAAAUCUGCACUGAAAAAAUCCCAUUAGAUAUCGGUGUGUCCUUAGAAGAUGUGGCAGCCCUAACAGACCUCUUCUCUGGAGCUGAUAUUGAAAAUCUCUGCAAGGAGGCUGCGUUGUUGGCGUUGCAAGAGAACGGACUUGAAGCAACUGCUGUAAAACAUGAGCAUUUUGUGAAGUCAUUGAGGACUGUAAAACCAUCCUUAAACAUAGAAGACUUGGAAUUUUAUGAAAAAUUUUAUAAUCGAGAAUUAGCCUCUUAACUCAAAAAGGAGUGAAGUGGCAUAGGUAUUUUGAAAUAUAUUACAAAGACUUGGCCAUGUCUCACAUCGCUUCUGCUUUUUGAUACUGUACAUACUGUCGUUUUCACUCUGUACAAAAGAGUAAAAUUUCACUUGUGAAAAAUCCAUGGUCUUGAUAAUGAAGAAUAAAUUAAAAUCUUGUUGGCUUUGGCUAGGUUUCCAUCUCUCAAACAAGUUGUUGAGUUACUUCAGUAAAGCACUGUGGGUUAGAGUUACUGUAGAUUUUCUAGUUUUCAGUACAAACACUGGUAUGUAAAACUAUUUCAUUUGAAAAAUGUGUUGUGAAGUCUCCAAAGGACAGUAAAUACUUAAAAAACAGAAAAGCUUUCACAACAUUAAAUAGGAGGAAGUCUGAUACUGUAUAAAGCCUAAGGUGGUUUUUAUGGGUGUAUCUACAUGCUUGCUUACAAGCAGAUUCCAAAGUACGGAGGCAGUGAGAAGGUUGUCGGUGUUUAAUCCCUUGUAAAUUUGGGAGUCACUUCUUUUUGAAUAAUUUUAGAUCAGUUACUGCUUACUACACAAACGUUUUGAUUGGGUAAGCAGAUACCAAGAAAUCGGUAAUCAACACGAACUACAGUAAUUCCUUCUUUAGAGAAGAGGGUUUUGCUUUAUUUAAUAGUGUGUGUAGAGUUUCUGCACCCAACCCUUCUUUGUCAAUGUAUUUGUAUAGGUUGUCUUCUAAAAUACAUGGUUCUAUCAAAGGAGAUUGGUCUUACAUGUAUGUAAGUGUGCAUUUUAACUUAGCAGGGUAUGAACUUUUUCACUCUUUUCUCCCUUUCCCCAUGAAAAGACUUGUAGACAAAAUACUCCACUGUCCAAGGUAAGUUUAUUUCAGUUGAGGUUCUUAAGUUUUAAACCCGUUAACAAAUAUUUUCUUUUAAUAACAAGGACACUAGGGAUUAGACCGCAGUGCUGUUUUCAGUGAGGUGGAUCACAAAAGGAAGUUCCAAGGCACUAAGAGACUGCAGGUCAAAGGGAAGUAGUAGAAGCUGUUGUCAUUUAGGAAAGGGUUCAAAUAUAAAGGACUGUUCUAUGAUUUGUUGGCUUUCAUUAUCAUUUCCUAACAAAAGACUGUCCUGCUGCUUUAUUGCUGACAACAAAUAGGCCAGAGCCGUUAAU